UUAUAGUAUUAUAUAGAUAACAAACCUAAGCCUCCUGAGGGAGUAUUCUCUAAGUCUUACAUCUCUCACCAAUGGCAUGAUUUGGCGUGUCCUAAUACGUCUCCUCAAAAUGGGAAGGCGUAACGUAUGAUUCGGACUAUUAAUGACAUUUGUCGUUCUCUCUUAUUUCAUGUUUCUCUUCUUCCUUCUUAUUGAAUUGAGUCUCUCAAUAUGGCGGUUUAUUUAUUGAAUAUCCACCCUACUCGUCUUCUUGGUAACCUUACUCCCGUGCACAUUCUUUUUAACAAGGCUUCUUUGUAUGAUCAUAUUUGUACUUUUGGUUGCCUUUGUUAUCCUAAUCUUUCUUCCACUUCUCCACAUAAGACGAGUGCUCGUUCUACUCCGUGCAUUUUUCUUGGUUACCCCGCCUCUCAUCGUGAAUAUAGGUGUCUUGAUCACAAAUAAGGUCAUCAUUUCGCGUCAUGUCAUUUUUGAUGAGUUUUCUUUUCCUAAUUCUUCCCAUUAUAAUCCCAAAAAUUCUGAUUUUGAUUUUCUUGUAAAUGUUGUGGAGCCUAGUCCAGCUCCUCCCUUACUUACACCCUUCCCUGCGCCCCUAGUCCAGCCCACUAUUCCUCCUCACAGCCCCGAUUCACUCUCCCCUUAUGAUGGGCCAGAGCCACGGGGCCAGCAGCCUCCCUCUCCCUCUUUUUUAUUUCUGUCUGCGCCACGUGGAGAUAGUGGGCCUCUUGAUCCGCAUGGGCCUGGUCAGCCAGCCAUGGGUACCCAGGCGCUCACUCCCGUGUCCUCUCCUUUGUCUUCUGCAGGCCCACUUCAUUAUGGCCCCUUUAUUCUUUCUUCACAGCCCUCCCAACCGAGUCAUUUAAUGAAAACUCGGGCCCAAUCUGGUGUGUACAAGCCCAAUCCGAAAUAUGCCAGUCUUGCUCUUGUUACCUCCUCUUCCUCGCUCUCAUUUGUGUGCUUUAGCUGAUCCUAAGUGGUAUAACGCCAUGUGUGAUGAAUAUAAUGCUCGAAUUGACACUCAUACUUGGGAUUUGGUUCCUUAUCCUCCGGAUGCCAAUGUUGUUCGUUGCUUAUGGGUUUUCACUCACAAAGAGAAAUCUGAUGGUUAACGGUAUAAGGCUCGGUUGGUGGCUAAUGCUAAGAGUCAAGAGGUGGGUGUAGAUUGUGGUGAUACUUUUACCCCCGUAGUACGACCCACUACUAUUCGUACUGUGUUGAGUUUGGUUGUGUCUCGGAAAUGGUCUAUUCAUCAGUUGGAUGUGAAGAAUGUUUUUCUUCAUGGUGAUAUUCAGGAGACUAUUUAAAUGCAUCAGCCUCCGGGGUUUGUUCAUCCUGACAAACCUAAGCAUGUUUGUCUUCUUCGUAAGUCUCUUUAUGGUUUGAAACAAGCCCUUGCGUGCUUGGUAUCAACGGUUUGUGACUUACAUUCUUUCUUUGGGUUUUGCGAAUAGCAAGUGUGAUACAUCAUUGUUUAUCUUCAAAAGAGGUUCGGAUGUUGCUUAUCUUCUCCUCUAUGUGGAUGACAUCGUUCUCACUUGUUCCUCUGAUGCUCUUCAGACUCGGAUUAGUGCUCUUCCCAGUUCUGAGUUCGCCAUGAAGGAUCUCGGUCCUUUGUCUUAUUUUCUUGGUGUUUCAGUUUCUCGUACACCAGAUAGCAUGUUUCUGUGCCAGUGAAAAUAUGCGAUGGAGAUUCUUGCUCGUGCUGAUAUGACUUCAUGUAAGUCCGCUGCUACUCCUGUUGAUACUAAGUCUAAGCUGAGUGUCACUAGUGUGAAGCUUUUUGAUGAUCCUACUCUUUAUCGCCAGCUUACGGGUGCCUUUCAAUAUCUUACAUUUACUCACCCCGAUAUCUCUUAUGCGGUUCAGCAGCUUAAUGUCAGGAAAUUUGAGAUUGCUGAGGAUAUGUUUUGGAAAGAUGGUGAGCCUUUCCGCAUAAUUGGUGGUGAUUUGCAUUACUUUCGGGUUCUUCCACAGUAUUGGGAAGAUAGGCUGUUGAGAGCAAAGGCAUUGGGCCUAAACACAAUUCAGACUUAUGUUCCGUGGAAUCUGCAUGAACCGAGGCCUGGUGAUCUGUUUUUUGAUGGUAUUGCUGACAUAUUAUCAUUUCUUAAACUCUGCCAGAAGCUAGGGUUUCAUGUCAUGCUUCGAGCUGGCCCUUACAUAUGUGCAGAGUGGGAUCUGGGUGGUUUUCCAGCUUGGUUACUUGCUAGAGAGCCAGCUCUUAGACUGAGGUCUUCAGAUCCUGUGUACCUUCAAUUCGUGGAUAAGUGGUGGGGCAUACUGCUCCCAAAGGUAGCUCCUUUUCUUUAUGGUAAUGGCGGUCCUAUUAUAAUGUUUCAGAUAGAAAAUGAAUAUGGUUCCUAUGCAGAUGAUAAAGCAUAUCUGCAUCACCUUGUUAAAUUGGCCAGAAGACACCUUGGAGAUGAUGUAAUCUUGUAUACCACAGAUGGGGGUACAAGGGUAACCCUUGAGAAAGGAACUAUCCCGGGGGACAGUAUUUAUUCAGUUGUUGACUUUACAACUGGUGAUCAGCCAUGGCCGAUAUUUGAAUUGCAAAAGGAGUUCAAUGCCCCUGGAAAAUCUCCUCCUCUUUCAUCGGAGUUCUACACUGGCUGGCUUACACACUGGGGAGAGAAGAUUGCAAAGACUGAUGCUGAUUUCACAGCAGCAGAGCUAGAAAAGAUUUUGUCGAAGAAUGGCUCUGUAGUACUUUAUAUGGCACAUGGUGGCUCAAACUUUGGGUUCUAUAGUGGUGCAAAUACUGGUUCGAGUGAGUCAGAUUAUAAGCCUGACCUUACAUCCUAUGAUUAUGAUGCACCGAUUCGAGAAAGUGGUGAUGUAGACAACACGAAGUUUAGAGAAAUAAGGAGAGUUAUAGAGAAAUAUGCUGUGGCAACUCUUCCUCCUGUCCCCGCCAAUAAUGAGAAGGCAGGGUAUGGAUAUGUUCAAUUAGAGGAAACAUCAAAUUUGUUUGAUAUUAUUGGCAUUCAAGAUGAUCCCAAUGUUGUUGUAUCUGCUGACCCAAUUCCUAUGGAGUCUGUAGGCCAGAUGCAUGGAUUCCUCCUAUACGUGUCAGAAUAUAGGACACGUGAAACUGCGAGCACCUUAAGCAUAUCAAAGGUGCAUGAUAGAGCUCAGGUAUAUGUUUUAUGUCGUUCCAAAGACCUUGGAGGAAGACCAAUCUAUGCUGGGAAAAUUGAGAGAUGGUCCAACAAAGAACUUCAUCUCCCUCAUCUCAAAUGUAUUUCAAGAAUCAGUUUAUAUAUUUUGGUUGAGAACAUGGGAAGGAUUAAUUAUGGGCCCUACAUCUCUGACAGAAAGGGUAUCUUGUCUCCUGUCUAUGUGGACGGACAUGUUCUUCACAAUUGGAAAAUGUUCACAAUUCCACUCCACAAUCUCAGUGAUCAGAGUAGUUCCAUCGUUGGGCUUGCUGGUAGUGACCUCACUAAAAUACAUGGAGGCCACACUAUGCAAAAUCACAGCAAGAAUCUAUCGAAUGAACCUGCUUUCUACACUGGUUUUUUUACUAUCAAUAAUGCCAAUCAAGUUAAAGACACAUUUUUGUCAGUAGAUGGCUGGAGUAAAGGGAUUGCAUUCAUCAAUAAUUUCAAUUUAGGGCGAUAUUGGCCGACAUUUGGGCCACAGUGUAACCUUUAUGUCCCUGCUCCACUUCUUCGCCAUGGUAAAAAUACAGUGGUACUAUUUGAGCUCGAAUCUCCAAACCCGGAGCUUAUGAUCAAAUUUGUUCACCAAGAGGACAACUCAUGCAGUCAAACCAAUUCAAACGUUUGUGAGCUUUUAAGUUAAGAGUGUUAGUGAUCGGGAGCUCGACUCACAUUCGCAACAAGCCAACAAGUAUAAACGAUCUUGCAACAAUAUAUCUAUUUCCAGAGUGUGAUCACUGCAGUUUUAUGUUGGAUUUGUAUUGUGUUAAAGUUCCUUAAAAGUUGCAUCAGAUAUUCAGAUGUAGUGAUGUACUGCUGUAUAGUAACUAAUUUAUUAUGCCAGGUUAAUCUUGCAACCAAAUUGGGAUGCAAAUUUUAGAUUUGCUAGGUACUAUAACUAUGGUGAUCAAUCAUAUUCCCAGUAGUAGAAUUCCUUGUGGAAACCUUUUUUUUUUUUUUUUUUUGUUGAGGGGCCCUGUUGAAACCUGUUACUACUAAUAAUCUGCACUUUUCCAAAGAGCUACUUGCUGCCUUACAAGACGUAUUGUUAGACCUUGAUUGGCUGAUUAGCUCGAAUUUUACUUUAUGUUUUCAUCUGUUUGGACCUAAUCAGCUUUAAAGCUUAUUUUUUUAAGUAAAGAGAACAUACUCAGAUACUCUGGAAAAUUAGUGGUUGUGAAUGAUUAUGAAGAAAAAGUACUAGAUUAUCAUUA